AUGGUGUGCGCGCUUCGCUUCGCGACGCAGGGAGCGUGUUUCCGGGAGAAUUGUCGAUACGCGCACGACGCGGCGGAGGGCGCGGCGGUGCCGACGCAGACGACGCAACCGGUUUGCAGAGACUAUCAAAACGGUCGAUGCUUCCGAGCUUCGUGCAGGUUUUAUCACGGUUCCAACGCUGAGCAAGUAGCGGUGCAGCUUGGCGCGGGUAAUCGAAUGUUCCCUGGAUCCAUCAACGGCGCGCAAGGGAUGUACGGCGCCGCCACUGGCGACUUGUUGCACAACAAGAAUCCGCAGUUGCACAUGAUGAACAGGACGAUGAAUCUUCCCAUGAACAUGGUGGGCAACCCCGAUCCCGCGGCUUUGCUUGGCGCCGACGCGAGUACUGCGGCUUUACUCGGAGGCAAUUUGAGCUUGGAACAAGCGCUGUUUUUGCAAACGGCGAUGGCAAACGGGACGGCGUACGAUAAUAACGCCGCGCUCACCGCCGUGGCCAUGGCAAACGAGAUUCUCCGAAGAAACGCCGCUGGACAGCAAGCACCGAACGGUAAUUACGAUAUGAGCUCGAUGUACGCGCAGCAAAUGGCGACGGUGGUUGCGCAGCAGCAAGCGGCACUCGCACAGCAAAUGGCUGCGGCGAAUGGUCAAUUGACAAACGGCGGCUUCGCCCCUCUCAACAACGGAGAGAAAUUGUCGAAAGAUGCCGGUGUUGGCGGUGCGUACCAACAAGCAGUUGCAGCAGCGAGCGCAGCGAUGAACAAUCCAUCUGCCCCCGGUGAGCAAUUUUCUUGGACUGGGAUCGAAUACGCCACAAACGGAGUCCACCAACAAAAUCAAUUUAAGCCAGUCGACUCCAUCGCCGCGCUUCCGGAUUCAUUAGUCGACAAUGAUCUCUUUGGAUUUGUCAACUCGGAAAUGUCAAACGCAGCCGCCGCGUUUGUUCCUGGAUCUGCUUUGGGGAACCUCCAAUGA